GUCAGCUUGCAAGGCGGCUCAGUGUUCAGGACAGGAUACGUCCGGAGGGAAGCCCGUUGUAGUGAAAACUGUUGAGCUGCGCAGGCUGUCCUCUGACUUUUUUUCGUCAAGCUAGUGAUAUGAGCAUCGACUCGAGUGCUGAGAAGAAGGAUAUUGAAAGCCCAUCAUGCACACCAGCUCGAAAGGGAUUGAAGGCGAUUUUCCAUCAUUUCAGCUCGAAAGGGAUUGAGGCAAGAUCUGUUGGGGAAGCAGAAGGUAUCCAGUACUUCUUUAUCAAGUGUUGAGGCAAGAACUGCUGGGGAAACUGAAUUUGCUGGAGAGAAGAUUAGUUAAAACGACCACCAGCACAGCCCAUCUCGAACAUCCGCACUUUUACCCUAGGGUGUAGGGUCCAUCGCAUGGCCGAGUGGAAAUUAGCUCAAUCUUCCACGACGCCGUCUUAUUUAUGUUUUUCCGACACGGAGAGGUUCAGCGGUGUGACUCCGCUGAAUCUAAUUGCCAUCUUAAUGGAUUAUGGAUCACGAGAAGAUGGCGCACUUAGAAAGCUUGAACAAGCAAAGAAACGAAUGUAUUCAAGUUUUGAACAAGCAGAACAACGAGAGUCUACAGAUUCUCAAUUCUCAAAACAAAGAUCAUUUGUUGGUGUUAAUCCGCCAGCAGCAAGAACUCACGGAGGCUGUUCACAAACUUUUUGAUUCUACAGCUCCCCCACGACAAAACCAUAACCAAAAUGAUGAAAUAAAUCCGGAUAUGAAUGUGAAUCUCCAGCAGCCCGUCCAACCACUUAAUCUUUCAUUGCCUGAGGAGGAGUUGCCUCAGGGCGUGAAUCGAAACCACGAGCAGCUGAAUGUGAAUCAAGAGCUGACCGCCAUGCCACUAACUCUUUCGCCUGAGGACAUGAGCAUGGACCACGAGCAAACCUCUCCUGUUCUAUUGCCACCCGAGUUGGGUCAGGAGAUGGAUAUUAAUCCCGAGCAGACUGUUAUGCCGCUUCCUCUACCUGUGCCUGAGACAUAUCAAAAUUUGGACCAAAAUUCACACAUUUUUUAUUUUCAGGGAUUCGAACCUAUGGAUCAUGAUCAAAUGGAUGAAAUUUUACCCAGCAGCCGCGUUUCUCUUCCGCCGCGUGGGUCGCGUCAGCGAACAAGGUCUCGAACCCAGAAUACUAGUGGCAUCUCCGUCUAUGCUGGAGUACGAGAUAGGAACCGAGGUAUGGCUUUUCAUCAAAUGAGAGACGUCAAGAUCUGGAGGAAGCCAUUACCCUCUUCAGCAGAAGUGUGCGGAAUUCACCGUUGGGAAAAGACGAAAGGAAAGAGAAGCAAGCUACGCCUGUAAUUAGUUGGCCAGCAAAAUUUUACAUACAAUGCCUGGUUUGGUAUUCACAUUUAUAUUUCUAUGAUGAUUUUUUCCGAAUAAUAUGUUAAGACAGGUACGAGAAUUUGCUUAAAACUUGUGAUGCAUGCAUAUAACAUUUUUUCCGUAAUUGGGUUUUUUUUUUCUGUACCUGGUGUACAUUU